AUGAUGCAAUCUGCUAUGGAGUCACCGGCCAACGUGUUCAUUCAUCUCUCAAGCUUACUGGAGAUAGCAUAUGGACCGAUACUCAGAUGUGUCCAGCUCAAAGACGGCGCGGACCCCUGCUCCAACAAAAUUGCAGGAGCCAACCUUGAAUCUGUGAAAGGAUAUUUUAGGCAAUUAUUUGCCAUCCUUAACGAACCUGACCGCAAGUUUCAUGACAAAGAUGGUGUAUUCGAUGAGGUCCUCACGGAAUUGAUCGACAGAUGCCUUUGCCGACGUCGGCACCGCCAAAAUUCCGACGACGCAAAGAGCCAGUGGUUAAAGGAGCUGUACAACGAUGAAAAGAGACACCAACUGCGUUGCAAGAUGCAGCCCUAUCUUUUCGAGUCCUUGGAGGAAGACUCAAUCAAUUCUACUCCACCGCCAGCAACAGAGUUCGAACUCUGCAAUUCCAAGCAAGCACCUAUUGACAAAUACGAUGUGCAGCUUAAUGUGACUCGUGAAUUGCUCAAGCCCCUCACAGAACACGACAAAAAAGAUGGGUUCAUCUAUCUCAUCUCUCACCCCCGAGAACCAAAAAUGUUCAAAGUCGGACACACCAUAGACCUCGAGGCGCGUUUUAGCAACCACAAACGGUGCUAUGAAGAGUUUUGCGUAUUGAAGAAAGAAUACAUAUCCUAUGCCCAUCGCAUUGAGCAACUUAUCAUCGCCGAAUUCUCCCUGAAGCAUUACAAACUCAAAGAAAAAUGCAAACGAUGCGAUAGGAGUCAUAAGGAAUGGCUCCAAGUCAAACAAGAAAAGCUGGUAAAAAGUUUCAACAAAUGGGUGAAAUUCACCAAAGCCGAGAAGAGACCCUACGACGAGAAUGGUCGUUUCAAGUCCAGGACCGUUGCGUUACCAUCUCCUGCUAUGGAUUUCAAGCCCCCAACGCCGACUCCAAAAAAGAGUACACCUCGACGAUCAGAUGUGGCCCCAUCACAGGAAGCGUCACCUUCUAAGCCUGACCCUUCCAAGUCUGAUAUAAGGAUUAUCCAAGAACUUUCCGAAGAGAACUCCGAGAGCGCUCCCCGUCCUAGCUAUAGCGAGGCGGACCACUCAAGCCCCGUCUCAAAUCUUUCUGCUCGUCUUGCUGCUGCUUGUGUGGGGUAA